CUGACAGUUUUGGAGUUGCUUGCUAGUCUUCCUGUUACGAUCUCUGUUAAUUAUUUUUUUGUGACAUUAGCCAUUUCUUGCAAAACCAUGGAGGUCGAUUCCGAGUUAGACCAAGAUCUUUUGCAACAGUUCAGUUCGAUGGGAACGACAGAUAAAGAAGUUCUAAUAAGCGAAUUUCAGAAAUUAUUGGGGAAUCAACUCAAUCCUGCAGGCUGUGCGUUCUUUCUAGACAUGAAUAAUUGGAAUCUACAAGCAGCAGUAUGUUCAUAUUACGAUUUUGAAAGUCCUCAAUGUAAAUUACCGACUAUGUCACUUGUACAAGAUAUUACUAUAGGAGAAGGAGAAUCCGUUCCACCCAACACUGCCUUUGUGAAAACUUGGAGAAUUAGAAACUCAGGUGAUGAAACAUGGCCAGGCGGCGUUCUUUUAAAAUUUACACAAGGACAUCAACUUGGUGCUUCAGACACAGUUCCUGUACAAUCCUUAUUUCCAGGUCAAAUAACAGACGUUAGUGUGGAAAUGAUCAGUCCACCAUCAUGUGGAUUUUUUCAGGGACAGUGGCGAAUGGUCUCAAGGACAGGACAAUAUUUUGGGGAGGUUAUAUGGGUUAUAUUAGAAGUGAAAGAAGGUGGGAUGUUAGGAUUAACGCAACAAUUGUCGUCGUUAGCAACGCAAGAUUCUUCAAGCAUUCCUCUACAUCAUAUACCACCCCAUUCUAGUAAUCAUAUUACAAGUAAUUUAGGUAACAAUGAUAGCAUAGUUGCUGUGAGUACUGGUGAUAACGAAGAUCAAACAAACAUACCCAAUUCACCAAUUAGAGCUCCAAUAUUUCAGAUAUCAAAUUCAAAUACUAGUUCUCUUUUACGUCAGCAUCAAAUCCAGUUUGGAAGCCCAGAAAGUCAACAACCACAUCAAGAAAGCAGAGAUUUUCUUUCAUAGUCUCCUUAAGAAUUUUGUGUAAUAUUUGUAAAUACCUAUCUAUAAAAACAAUAAGACUUUGGGGUAAAUUAUACCAAAUUUGGGUUUUAUACCAUACCAAUAAAAUCAUGAUUGUAGUAUUUCCUUAAUUGCUGUUAUAUGGAGACUAUAAUUGGUCAGUCCUGCCUUUACGUAGUCAUCGAUAGUGAUAAGGAAUGGAAUGAAAUGAAAGAACAGCUUGUUCGUUUUGUUAUCAUCAUGUUGGAGAGUGUAUCAAUGACCAUUCAUGCAAGAAAGCUGAACAUUAUUGGAUUAGAUGAAUAUUAAUAUUACCACUUAGCACCAGUGCCAGUACCUGCUCAGUUUGGCUAUAAAUUUAAUCCUAUUCCCUUAUUGUCAAAGGUGUGAAUUCAAUAAUUCUCUCAAACAGUACCAUUUUAAAAUGCAUUGCAAGCAAGCCUGUAUGUGGUGGUGAUUUUAACUUCAUAAUGUAUAAGCGCAACACAAUCUUUGUGUUUUGUUAGAGCGUCUAUCCUGUUACGACUAACCUGAUGUUUCUACCAUGCACGUAUUGUACAGACAGGGUCAGGUUAGCACCAUGUGUUUAUGUUGUGUAUCUGUCAUGUUUUAAUGUCCCAUGGUCUAAGAAAGACUAUUAACACAGGAUUGUACACAGGUUGUAGUUUGAUUAUUUCUAUGACAUAGUACACUAAGAUGGUCCCUGGUUCUUAUCUACAGGUAUGCUUUAACACUGAAUGGUUAACCUGAUGAUUUCUUAAAAUGAUUUAAAUGCUUUUUAUUCUCUCCAAAAUUGAGUUUCUUUCAUUUCAUGGGCCCAUUAAUUUAUAAAUAUGUGCAAAGGUUUUUAUAUACAGUAUG